GCCGCCCAGCUCUCUCUCGGCGGCUGGACGCGGCGGGCUCGGCUGCGUCUUAACUUUACCCCGGCGCGGGGCGGGCUUUGGCUACUUUGGCGGGAGAGGCGGAGUGGGGGGUACGGAGCCGCCCGGCGGCAGGUGCGGGUCUCUUCUGGCGGGGGCGGGGCCGCUUCGCCGGGCUCCUCGGAGCGGGCUCGCGAGCGCCUUUGUGUUGUGAGGGGAGAAAGGAAGAAGCCAGAGCCGGGAGACUACAGCGGAGCAGCAGCCACUGAGCAGCGGGCGCCGAGCUUUAAAUGAGCAUUCACACCGCGCGGGGAGAGCAGCGCGGGCUGGCUCGGACGAAGCGCGUGUGGAGGCAGCGAGCGCGUCCCCUCGGCUCCAGCAGAUCAAUACGGACACCUAUUACAAGAUACCUGUUUGGAUUUUAACACACUCAAGCAUCACCUCCAUUGUUAUUCUAACAACCCCAUCAAGCUUUGUUUGGGUAGUCAACAGCCGCAAAGCUGCUGUCCACGUGGACUGGUGCUGACAUUUCUCGUCCAGCUGCGAGAGCCUCUCCAUCUAAACCUAGAGACAUGGCAACAAAUGGAACAAAAGUAGCUGACGGACAAAUCUCCACAGAACUCAGCGAUGCCUCAAUCACCAAUGACAAGCCUAAGACACUGGUGGUCAAGGUGCAGAAGAAAAAAGGAGAUAUUCCAGAAAGAGACACCUGGAAGGGGAGAUUUGACUUUCUUAUGUCCUGUGUUGGUUAUGCGAUUGGCUUAGGAAAUGUUUGGCGGUUUCCAUACCUUUGUGGAAAAAAUGGAGGAGGAGCAUUCCUGAUUCCAUAUUUCCUUACUUUAAUUUUUGCUGGAGUUCCCCUGUUUCUUUUGGAAUGUUCACUUGGGCAAUACACAUCCAUAGGAGGUCUUGGAGUUUGGAAGCUUGCUCCAAUGUUCAAAGGUGUGGGAUUAGCUGCUGCUGUCCUGUCCUUCUGGCUUAAUAUUUACUACAUUGUGAUUAUUUCCUGGGCCAUAUAUUACUUAUACAACUCUUUCACCACAAAUCUUCCAUGGAGACACUGUAACAACCCCUGGAACACAGACCACUGUUUCUCAAAUUAUAGUAUAGCAAAUACCACCAACAUGACAAGUGCUGUUUUGGAAUUCUGGGAACGUAACAUGCACCAAAUGACAGAUGGAUUGGAAAAACCAGGCCAGAUCCGUUGGCCAUUAGCAAUUACUCUAGCAAUUGCCUGGGUUUUAGUGUAUUUCUGCAUCUGGAAGGGGGUAGGCUGGACAGGAAAGGUAGUGUACUUCUCUGCCACAUAUCCAUACGUCAUGUUGAUUAUCUUGUUCUUCCGCGGAGUAACAUUACCUGGAGCAAGAGAAGGCAUUUUAUUCUAUGUAACUCCUAAGUUUGAGAAGCUCUCUGACUCUGAGGUAUGGCUGGAUGCUGCCACACAGAUCUUUUUCUCCUAUGGUCUGGGUCUUGGCUCAUUGAUUGCUCUUGGAAGUUACAACCCUUUCAACAACAAUGUUUACAGGGAUUCCAUCAUAGUGUGCUGCAUAAAUUCUUGCACAAGCAUGUUUGCUGGUUUUGUUAUCUUCUCCAUUGUUGGAUUCAUGGCUCAUGUCACCAAACGUCCUAUUGAAGAAGUUGCAAAAUCAGGUCCUGGGCUUGCAUUUUUAGCCUAUCCAGAAGCAGUAACACAACUUCCUGUCUCACCUUUGUGGGCAAUACUGUUCUUCUCCAUGUUGCUUAUGCUUGGAAUUGACAGUCAGUUCUGUACUGUUGAAGGAUUCAUAACAGCACUAGUGGAUGAAUUUCCAAAACUGUUACGCACUCGGAGAGAAAUUUUUAUUGCUGGUGUGUGUGUCGUUUCCUAUCUGAUAGGACUGUCCAAUAUUACUCAGGGUGGACUGUAUGUGUUCAAGCUUUUCGACUAUUAUUCUGCAAGUGGAAUGAGUCUCUUGUUUCUUGUGUUCUUUGAGUGUAUCUCCAUAUCCUGGUGCUAUGGUGUAAACAGAUUUUACGACAACAUCCAGGAGAUGGUUGGAUAUAGGCCCUGCAUCUGGUGGAAGCUCUGCUGGUCAUUCUUUACUCCAAUCAUUGUGGCAGGUGUAUUUAUCUUCAGUGCCGUGCAAAUGACUCCUCUCACUUUGGGCGAUUACGUAUUCCCGGCAUGGGGCCAAGGCGUUGGCUGGUUUAUGGCUCUAUCAUCUAUGGUGCUGAUUCCAGGCUACAUGGCAUACAUGUUCCUUACAUUAAAAGGCUCCUUGAAACAGCGAAUCCAGGUAAUGAUUCAGCCAAGUGAAGACAUUACUCAUCCUGAAAACGGACCUGAACAAGCCCAGCAGAGCAACUCUGCUAACAAAGAAGCAUAUAUAUAGUCUGGGUCAUUGAAAUGAUACAAAGCUUCCUUUAGGGGGGCAAAAAAAA